AUGAGCCGACCUCCCAGCCACGCUUCAGUGCGGUUGCAACACAUCCCACACCCGCUGUCCCGCUUAGGGGAACCGGAGACCAUCACUGUCCGCGGCUACUCCCGGGCCGGGGACAAGCCGGACAACGAGCCGCCGCUCAGGUGGCCCGGGCCGGCGGGCGGUAGCGCCAGGGAGCCGAGGGAGAAGGAAGGGUCCCGGGGCUGCCACAGCCUCCAGCACAUCCCCGAAGGAGUGGAGGUGGCUUUCGGUACCGACCCCGGCAGACCCAGGCUGCCCGUCUUCGGUCAACGUACAGACCUGGAGAGCCGUUCGGAGAGCAGACUGAGCAAGGGCAGCAGGAUCAGUAGCACAUCGCGGCCUGGCACUCAACUCCGGAUCGAGAUCGACGAGUUGGAACAUCUUUUGCGGGAAAAAGUAAUAUCCAGCGGCUACUUCGCAGUCAAACAGCUUUUCAAAUCCAAUGAUCCUGAAGGAAGGGAGCAGCUCAACAGGGAAGUUCUCCUGAUGGUGCUGUCAAAGUUCCUCGGACGUUUCAUCACUCCAAGACAAUUCCACCAACUCCUUUUGAGGUUCAAGCUGAAUGAAAGGGCGAUUGUCAAGAGUGAUGAGUUUUAUGCAGCGGCCAGGGAGCCCAUCCCCGCGGGAGGCAGCUCGUGGAUCGAUCCCCUCAGUCGACCCAGCGACAGGGCCGCAGUGACUGCUUCGCACGUACACUCCCAGCUGAAGGAGAAAGUCAAGCAGAGGAUUUUAGAGCUGCCCGAAAUAUUGCCUCAGAAGAACUCCGAAGGACCUAUCAGGAUCAUCGCUCCUGAGUUCAGGAAUGUGUUGAAGCAACUGGGAUUUCACAUGGAAGAUGAAGAGUUUGAAAAGUUGUGGAGAAGAUAUGACACGGAUGGUCUUGGUGUUAUUAAAGGAGAUGUUCUCAUGAGGAAACUCGGAGCUGACUACAGGAACAGGAUGAGGCACAACAAUGAAGGCUCUGCUCGAAGAUCCUACGAUCAAAUAAGUUUGGAAGACUCAAGAAUCUUCUCCCCAGGACUGGCACGGAUCCUGAGCAAGACAGAACUGGAAAGAAAAGCUUCUCUUGAUAUCGAAAAGUGGCUGAAGGACAAAUUCAGGGAAGGCUACAACCUCAUGAAAGAAGCGUUCGAAAAGUAUGACAUUGAAAGAACAGGCAAAGUGUUACACCGAGACUUUCUGUCCGUGCUGGGAACCUUUGGACUGCACCUGAAAACUGAACAUUUAAACCUUUUCCUUCCACGAUGCAACCUUGAAAACAGCAAAGCCGGGAUCAAGUACAUCGACUUCCUCAAAAACUUCCAAGACCGAAGUGAAAGGGGAUUGCCACAUAAAAUUCUUAACAACCCCAAGCACAAGUUUAACAACGAUGGAAGUGUCAGUCUCUGUUCCACAAUGACUGCAAUAGAAGCGAAACUGACAAGAUUAUUCCAAUCCGACUUCCUUGCACUUUUAGCCACCUUUCACAAAAUCGACAAGCUGGAGAUGAACGUCAUCAGUCAGCAAGAGUUCCGAGCUGCCAUAGAGAGCAGGUUCGGUGUGGAGAUUACCGACGAAGAGUUUGAGCUGCUCAUUGACAGAAUCCCGCUCGAUGAAGACGGCAAUAUCCGCUAUCCUCAAUUCAUGGCCAUGUUUGACUCCAGGAAAGGAGUUUCGAGUCUUUUCGACGAGAAGUCCGUGAUUCUACCCGGACAGAGGGGGCCUCCGGAGGAACCGUUCUCCGGUCAACUGGAUAAAGACAGAAGAUACGGCAGAACUAGCGAGCAGCUCUUCAAGAUUAUUAAAUCCUUGAUGUACAAGCAGUACCAAGAAGUUGAGAGAGAAUUUGAACAGUUGGAUGAAAUUAACUCAAAGCGACUCAACCAUGAAACCAUGUAUCGGCUUCUGAAACGCUUUGACAUUUGCCCAGAGGUAACCCGGGGAGAGAUUCGCAGGCUGUGGAAGACGCUGAUCACUAACCAGGACAAGACCCUGGACUUCCUGGAGUUUGUGAGACAUUUCGGUCACUCCCCCAAAUCGGCCUGCUUCCCCAACGCCAAAAUAAGCCCCCCGAAAAAGGGGGACUGCGAUCUGAGGAUGCGCUCGAAAAACCUCAACUGUGCGUCCGACAUCCUGGUCGAUAAUGUCCGUGCCAAGGUUGAUUACCUGUGGGACGACCUGAGGAAGGAAUUUCAGGAACUUGACCCUUACCGCACCGGGUUUACCAGCACAGAGGAGUUUAAGGAUAUCUUGAGCGAGCUGUGUAUAAAUUUGAAUGAAUACGAAUGCGAAAUGCUGGCGAAGAAAUUCGAAGUCAAUGGGGAUGGACGGGUUUCCUACAUCGACUUCCUGAGACCUUUCGCAAUGCGGCGACAGCAAUGGCGGGAGGGCAGCAACAUGUUGGCGGUACUCCAGCAUCCCAACAGUCAGUUCACCGAGCAACAUGGGACCGGGCUGAACACCGUCACAGACAGGCUCCGCCAGAAGCUUCAGGGUGAAUGGAAGCCACUGCGACGAGCCUUUAAGAAGUUGGAUAGCACCAGCAGCGGUUACCUAUCCCUGCCAGAGUUCCGCGCCGUGCUCAAGCUCUGCGAUCUGCUCCUGAACGAGGAUGAGGUUUACCACAUCAUGACCAAAUUUGACGAGAACAUGGAAGGCAAAGUCAACUACAAAAAGUUCCUGGAAGAGACCUACAAGAAAGAGAACCGAGCAGAAAGCAAAACCUUAAAAUGAUAAAUAAUUUGUACAUUUUAAAGAUAUUCGAUUUCUCUUUUUUUUUAAAUCAUCUUUAACUCAAUUUUGAUCAUUUUGCUUUGGGGAGGAGUGGGGCGGGGUGUUCAUAAGUGAUAGGAGCAGAAUUAGGCCAUUCAGCCCAUUGUGUCUACUCCAC